AUGCUCCCUUCACUACUCGUUGCACUUGCCGCACUGGCCAGCUCGGCAAGACCCUUUCCGCUUGAAGCCCAUACUCUUGAGCGGCGCCAGCAGGUGAUUCCCGUCAAUGUAUCGUGGGACAAGCAAGGCCUUCCGACGGCGAACGUCGUCGAUGGAGAUGGCAACUCUGGUAACACCUACAAUGGAGAUCCGAGCAACGGAGAGGGCCUGAUCUCCUGCGACAGGUCCCGGUACUCGUUUACUCUCAACAUUGAACAGAAAAACGUGGACCCUGAGAACACAUACCGCCUUUUUCUCGGUCAGACACGCUAUGGCAGCCAAGGUGCCUUUAUCCCUGGUGACAAGCUCUUCGUCGAUCGCACUUACAACGCCUCACAGAUGACACAGCGCACAGAUGGGCUCGGCCCAGAUGGAACGGGGGUCGCCCUCUACUUUCCCAUGUAUCCCGGAGACACCAAGAGCGAGCUUGUCUUCCAUCCCUGGGUCCUCAGCAAGGACAACACCGACGAGGGGUUCGUCCUCCCGGGCCAAUUCGCUGUCGUGGGACACGUCUACCGCGCCAAUGGUAGUGAAGUGGGGCCCUACCCAAACUAUGGCAACAUCACCUUCUGGCCGGGUGUGUGGUUGUUCAUGCUCGAGGCGAGCGCUCAGGGUCUUUCGACACGCCAGUGUGGGCCAUAG